CGUGUCAUCCCAACAGACUGGAUCGAAGCAUACUAUGGCGACAAAGUGGAUACCUUUGACUGUGACAGCUGCAGGGGCGACACCUUUCCCCCCACCAACUGGUCGGGCCCACAGAAGCCGCAAAUGCACCGACAACUGGACAAGCACCCGUGCCGCUUCUGUCCUCACUCAAGCAAUUCCGCAACGGCUGUCGCCAUCCACGAGAGGACACACACUAACGAGAGGCCCUUCAGUUGCGGUGUUUGCGAGAAAACGUUUGCGCGUAAGGAUUGCUUGACAGCUCACGUUAGAAUUCACACCGGAGAGAAGCCGUUCAAGUGCAACACGUGCAGCAAGGUGUUUACUCUGAAACGCACCUUGGCAGAUCACGAAAGAAUUCAUACAGGAGAGAAGCCGUUCAAGUGCAACACGUGCAGCAAGGCGGUUACUCUGAAAUGCACCUUGGCGGAUCACGAAAAAAUUCAUACAGGAGAGAAGCCAUUCAAGUGCAACACGUGCAGCAGGGCGUUUACUGAGAAAGGCACCUUGGCAGAUCAUGAGAGGACUCACACGGGAGAGAAACCGUACAGGUGCGAGACCUGCGGUAAAGCGUUUACGGCUAAGAGCGGUUUGCACAGUCAUCGGAAGAUACAUCACAAGUGACCAAAACCCUCACGUGCAUCAUAGUUGUGGAGGGGGUUUAAACGAAAUACUCGAG